AUGCAGUAUCUUCUCGUAAAGCAGCCCCACCUUCGUUUUCCGCAACAGUCCUGCAGCUUUCUCGCUCCGACCAGUCCUCGAGAAAGACAGCGUCAAAAUGAUUCGCAUAGCAGCCGCAGUGCUAGUCGUUUUUUCGAUCGGCAGCUUCAUGCCCGUAAGUCAAAAGCUCCCGCGGAGAGCGCGGCGGAGUGGGAGGUGCAGCUCAUCCGUUACUACAACCGAUACUCCUGGAUUUACUACACCGACACCAGCUACUACUACUAUAACAGAUACGGCUACUGCUGCGACGUCACCUGGUAUUAUUACAGUAGUUCCUACUGCAGAUACUACCAGUGCGACAACUACUUCGACAUCUGCAUCCGCUCCUACGGCGCAUACACCGUAGACACCACUUCCUCCUGUACUUUCGGGCAGAAGCAAACGCCUAUUGCCGGGGACGACAGUUUCUCGUUCUCUUCAACAUCCAUCGGCUUAGGCUCGACCACCAUCGACAACCCCAUCAUUUUCACUUACACCGGCAACACUAGCCCGUAUUACUACCAGCUAUUCUACAAGGUGUGGGAUGAAGAUGGUACCUACGAUGCUCUUGUAGACUACAGCUACUCCAACUUCUAUUACCCCACCAAGAACUAUAACUACUACAACUACAUGUAUGGCCGCAGUGGAGGCACAAAUGUCUACCUCUACGUCCGUCACAAGUGGUACUGCCCAAGCAACUACUACGACACCUACUGCACAAGAUACUGUGUCUACACGGACGAUUCAACCGGCCAUUAUACUUGUGAUGGCAAUGGUUACCCCAUCUGUCUGAACGGGUGGACUGGAACCUCCACCUACUGUGUGACUGGUCAGCAACACUUAAAGUUUACAACAUCUGUUGAACAAAACUGUUCAUUAACCCUGCAGCAAUCUGUAGCCAAGGCUGCCAUGAAGACUAUGGCGGCUGUACCGAGCCCUAUACUUGCAAUUGUAUUUCCGGCUGGACCGGUGCCAAUUGUACCGAAUGUAUUCCCAAAGACGGAUGCGUUGUCUUUGUUUAAUGCAACAACAGACCCAGUAGGUGGCUACUGCAAUCUAGCAGAAGAGUGUUUCUGUAACUUUGGCUAUGCUGGAGAUACCUGCAGCAUUGACCUAUACCCCUGCCAGCGUAAUCCCCCCUGCAGUAAUAGUGCCACUUGCAUAAACAAUGGUCUCGGUGACUACCUCUGCCAGUGUCUGGACGGGUAUACUGGUAAAAACUGCGACACUGAGAUCAAUGAGUGUGAUCCAAACCCUUGCCAGAACGGCGGGACAUGCACAGACCAAUUGGCAGAUUAUGAGUGCACGUGUGUAGAUGGUUACACAGGGGACGACUGCGAGGAAGAGGUCAACGAAUGCGUCCCCAAUCCAUGCCACAACGGCGGCGUCUGCAUGGACCUACUGAAUGGCUUCUCUUGUGUUUGUGGCUAUUCGUACACUGGAGAGCUCUGUGACGACACCAUCGACUUUUGCGCGGAUGAUCCAUGUCUCAAUGGAGGGAGUUGCAAUGGCUUUGUUGGAGGGUUCACCUGCCACUGUCCUGUUGGCUUGUUCGGUGAUCGCUGCCAAGUGGAUCACGACUACUGUGCCAGUGAUCCGUGUGUUGAGGGAUCCACUUGCCAUGACGUGGAGGGUGGCUACCAGUGUCAAUGUGCAGUAGGAUUCACUGGCCAAGAUUGUGGCACAAACAUCAACGACUGUGAGCCUACCAGCUGUAGUGCCUAUGGUGAAUGCCACGACCUAGUGGAUGGGUUCACGUGCGUCUGUGAUCCAGGCUACACCGGAGAAACCUGUGCUAUUGACAUCGAUGACUGUGCAAGUUCUCCUUGCCAGAAUGGGGCCACCUGUACCGACAAAGUGGACGACUUCCACUGCCUCUGUGAGCAUGGCUAUGACGGACUAAUGUGUGAGAGGGACAUCGAUGAAUGUGACCCGAUGCCUUGCCAACACGGUGGAACAUGCACCGAUGGAGUCAACAUGUACACAUGUGCAUGCGAGCCUGGCUAUUACGGACAGAGCUGCGAGACAAAUGUGAACGAAUGCAACACUCAUCCCUGUGAAAACGGCGGAAGCUGCAUUGACGUUGUGAAUGGGUACACGUGCAGAUGUAUUGUAGGCUAUACCGGCAACGAAUGUCAGGAUGACAUCAACGAAUGUGCCGACUCAGAUAUCUGUGUCCAUGGAACGUGCACGAAUACCGAGGGGUCAUACACCUGUGAAUGUGACACGGGCUUCGAGGGAGAUACCUGUGACAUAGAGAUUGACGAAUGCGAAUCCGACCCAUGUGCCAACGAUGGAAUCUGCAUUGAUGAUGAGGGGCGAUUCCACUGCAUUUGUACUGAUGGCUGGGCUCAGCCAGACUGCAGUGAGGAAACUGACGAGUGUGAAGAAGGUCACUUCUGCCAGAAUGGAGCUACCUGUAUGGAUGAGUUUGACGGCUUCAGCUGUACCUGCGCUGUUGGCUGGAGUGGAUAUAUCUGUGCUAACGAUGUUGAUGAGUGUAUUGCCAAUCCCUGUGAGAACGGAGGCACCUGCUAUAACACCCAGGGAAGCUACACUUGUGGUUGUGCUGCUGGGUUCUCUGGAUCGAGGUGUGACGAGGAGCUGGACGAAUGCGAAUUGGACCCCUGCCAGAAUGGAGCCAACUGCUAUGACUUGGUCAAUGACUAUGGCUGCCACUGUGAUCCUGGGUACUCGGGCAAGAACUGCGAAAAUGAUAUCAACGAGUGUGACUCUGUCCCAUGUUUCUAUGGCGCCACUUGCCAGGACCUCCUGAAUGGGUUCAACUGCACAUGUGCUCCAGGAUAUGUUGGUGGCCAGUGCCAAGUGAAUGUGGAUGACUGUGUAUUGAGGCAACCCUGCCUCAAUGGAGGCAGUUGCUAUGACCUUGUUGAUGACUACCUGUGCGUCUGUCACAAUGACUAUGCGGGCACGGAUUGUCAGGUUGAUCUGAACACAUGUCGCUCCUCUCCCUGCCACAAUGGAGGAACUUGCAUCAACGGCGACAAUGGAUUCACCUGCGCCUGCCCAAUUGGUUUCCAGAUGGACUUUGACUGUCUCUCGGAUGUAGACGAGUGCGAACAGGGUCGCUGUAAUGCCGCCACAUAUAUCAGCUGCACGAAUCUUGUGGGAAGCUAUGAUUGUACCUGCAAGCCAGGAUUCACGGGCCAGAACUGUGACAUUGAGAUUGACGAGUGUUUGGAUACUCCGUGUUCGAAUGGAGGAACUUGCCAGGACUUUGUGAAUGGCCGACGCUGUAUCUGUUCUUUGGGGUGGCAGGGAGAUGACUGCUCCAACAAUAUCAAUGACUGUGACCUGGAUUUCUGUUCAAACGGAGGCACUUGCAUUGACGAAGUAAACGGAUUCAACUGCAGCUGUGCAAUAGGGUUCACAGGCCGGACAUGUGACAUUAACAUCGAUGAUUGCACCAUGAACCCUUGUGAAAACGGCGGCUCGUGUGUGGACGGAGUGGAUUCAUACACAUGUGCUUGUGCUGAGGGUUUUGAAGGGCCCCACUGUGCGGAAGACGUCAAUGAGUGUGAGAGAGACACUCACCUCUGUGAGAACGAUGCCACAUGUGUCAACGAGUUUGGAAGCUACACCUGCUACUGCACCCUGCACACCGGUCCAUUCUGUACAGAAGACGUUGACGAAUGUCUUACCACAGACUUCUGCGCCGUCGGUGGCACAUGCACUAACAAGUUUGGAAGCUGGGAUUGUGAUUGUAUGACAGGCUACAUGGGAGACAGAUGUGAGGAGGAUGUUGACGAAUGUCUUGACACUCCCUGCGGUGCUGACGGAACAUGCACUAACAUGAUGGGAGCAUAUGAGUGUGCGUGCAAGGACGGCGACAAGGGAAUGGCCUGCUAUGACGACUGCGAUCCCAAUCCUUGCAAGAACGGAGGAACUUGCACCGACAAAAGUAAUGACUACGAUUGUACGUGUGUUGACAAGUACACUGGGAGGAAUUGCACUGAUGACGUCGUAGAUGAAACUAGUGCCCAGGUGUCCGCUGCAUCUGCUGGUGUUGUUGGAGGUGGAGUGGUUGCAGCUCUGAUCGCUAUUGUUGUCAUAAUGGCAAUCAUCAUUUCCAUCCUGGUCAUCAUGAACAAGCGGAAGAAGACCAAGGCUGGCAACGAGCCAGCUUUUGAGUACACCAACAUGCCACCGCCCAUCAACGUGGGAGACAAUCCCAUGUACAUGGGAGCUGACAAGGUGGGAGCUGGCUCCGGACCCCCCUCCUCCCAGAACACCCUCUCUCGCCAGUUCAUGAACCCUCUCUACGACUACGAUGAGGAUGAAGGUGAUGCUACUGUUCUCACCAACCCCAAGACCAAGCAAUAAACUACACCUCUACCUUUUUGAAACAAGUCGACUUUAUUAUAUUACUUACAAUGCAUAGUUUUACGUUAGUCGUACUGUAUAUCUGAUAUACCAAUAGAGCUUGUAUUGUAUAUAUAUUUCUGGUGCCAUAAUUAUUUUGUUUAUACUGAGUCACGAGCACACCUGAAGCCAAGAUUUGAGGCAGAGCUGUCUGGAGAGUUCUGGCUCCUAGCUGCACACCUAUAGCGGUAGCAGUAAUAAGGGUGGCAGAUGUAGGACCCUCCUUUCUUGACCUUGUCCUUCCCCGAGGGUGGACCGACAGGGUCGCUCUGGAACUGGUCCGAGUGUCUGAUGCUCCACCAGUCACCCACCCACUCCCACACGUUCCCCGCCAUAUUGAGGAGACCGUAGCUAUUUGGCGGGAAAGAGUCAACCGGUGCUGUUCCGAUGUACCCGUCCUCUGCCGUGUUCAUCUCGGGGAAGUCUCCCUGCCAGAUGUUCAUCCAGUGUUCACCACGGGGUAAAGCACUGUUACCCCAGGGGAAGAGCCGGUCCUCCAGACCUCCGCGAGCUGCAUACUCCCACUCGGCCUCUGUCAGGAGCCUUCCACCAAUCCACUCACAGAACCUGACGGCAUCGUUCCACGACACGUGGACCACGGGGUGGUCUAGACGAUCAGCAGUAACGUCAGAGUCUCCCCCCUCGGGAUGUCUCCAGGAGGCCCCCUCCACGGGAAGCCACCAGGGCGCGUUCAUGACGGCUUGCGUUAUCUCCGACUUGACGGACUCCGAGAGCAGCAUCUCCAGCACGAACGAGUUACCGAACGUUUCAGCUUCCGUCACGUAGCCCGUGUCGGAGACGAAGGCCGCGAACUCGGCGUUACUAACCUCGUACCUGUGGAUGGAGAAGUCGCUGACUCUCACUCUCCUCGCAGGCCCCUCGCCGUCCUGCGGCAGCACCGGUUUGUCCGUACCCAUCACGAAUUCUCCUCCGGCGAUGCGGACAAACUCAUUUUUGACUGUCCUCGGCUCGCUAGCUCUGCCACGAUCGCUGUGCUCGCCGUCUUCCUCAUCGUUUACCUCCAGCUCUUCCUCUAAGUCGCAGUGCCGCUCAUCGCUGCAGUGGCCAUUGUCGUCAGCCGUAUUUCCCUGGCUCACGGAGACGCAGAGGACGAGAAAGACAGAGCAGACGAAGAGCAUCGCGUGUGCGCGGACUACGAACUUGCCCUGCCAUGCCAUGCCCUCGAUCCU